AUUCUGCGGAGAUGAUCUGUGGCCUACAAUACCUGCACAGCCUCGGGAUUAUCCAUCGAGACAUCAAACCCAUGAACAUUCUAUUGGACCAUCAAGGACACGUUAAAAUCUGUGACUUCGGCCUGGCAAAGCAGAGCCUCUUUGAUGGAGACCUAACAACUGGCUGGGCCGGAACCAUAGAAUACAUGGCCCCGGAGAUCCUGAACAGAAAAACAUACAACGCAGCAGUAGACUGGUGGUCAUUGGGCAUCACCAUCUGCAAAAUAGCCACUGGCGAGUCACCGUUUCAUAACAGCGGGAACAAGAAUCAGCUCAUUUGUUCCAUCAAAGACCAUGAACCCAAGAUCCCUGAUUGGCUGGAUGAAGAUCUAAAACAUCUUCUGGGGCAGCUGCUAGAAAAGAAUCGGAAGCAACGCCUUGGUGUUCGAGGAAACAUCAGAUGCCACCCAUUCUACAAAUCCAUCGAUUGGGUGGCGCUGGAAGAGGAAGGAUUACAACCCCCUUACCAGCCGAGAACACCAUCACCUGAGCUAUUCCAGCCGUGUAAAGAGAAGCUGUCAUUCCUGGAGUACAAGGAGGAUGAAGGAACAUCAGGAGGCAGUGACACCAUUCCCGGCUUCUCUUUUCAAAGUUCCACCUGGCUGACGUAAGUAUGGAUAGGCGUGUAAUCCAGCCAAUAAUAACAACUAUUCCAUCAGCACAGGUUUUAGCAGAUAGUGGACAUGAUUGUGGGCUGCAAGAACUUUUCCGCCUGCUGCAUAAAGGCCAGAGCAUCUCUUGCGAUUCCUGUUUCAACCAUCGGCUCCACCUUCACCUGGGAUUCCAUCUACCAGGGUAUGAGACUGACGGGUAACAUCAGGCCUAGAAUUAUGAGGGGCAGUCACUCAUCUGGCAAAUCACGCGUAAGUAUCAGGUGGGUAUCUUUAUGUGAGUGAAUGUGUGAGUGAACGUGAGAUAUGAAAGGAUAAGGGUGUAACAGAAGGCAAAGCAGAGUCUAAGAUCACAGCCUGCGUUGUCUUCCUGCACAUCAUGUCUAUGGAAGCCAUACCCUGUUAGUUAUGUAUAUAGUUCUGUAGUUCUCAUAGUUAGAAAUCCAGGUCAAGGGUUUUUUCCCAUCUGAAGUAAGAUGGGGUUUUUACCUUGUCCUUUAAGUUUUGAUGUUACAUGAGCAAAGGGUGGGACAUAGACACGUGCAGUUUAAGCCUCGUUUGUUGUCUUUGUUUGUCACGUUUGUCCUGUUGUGUGAGGCGUUACACCCGGCGUGCCGGUAACAAGGUUGAAGCCUUGACGUGGCGUUACUGCUCACAUGUAUAAACAUGUGCUAAUUCAACCAAUGCUGAGAGUGUGAGUUAUGUAUUGUUUCAUUGGCAGAAUUUGUUUCACUUGCUCAUAACCUCUU